UGGAAACAAAAAUGGCGUUGAUUGUUUAACGUCAGUUUGAUGAAAAUGAAAAAUAAAUAAAAAUGUUUGGAUUUGUUAAUAAUGUGUUAUUAUGUUUUGCUGUUGUUCUCAUCAACUCGCAGAUAUGUUUGACAGAACCAUUGUCACCGCCACCAGCGCUGAUGCUGUACAGUCCUGGAGACCUGGAGUACACGGAUAUCCUGGUGAAAAGGGUGCUGGAUAAUUUGACACUGAUAUGUGAACUACGAGGUGAUACCACACCGAGGGUCUAUGUAUGGAAUUAUGUUGGAAAUGGCACUGUAAAUGAAAGGCCGUUCACAACAGAGCCGAGUGGUGCGAGUAACUCAAGCCAGCUGCAGCGCCUGGGGCUUCAGAUAAGUGACAGCGGACACUAUAUGUGUUCAGCACCGCCCUUCAGUGUCACUAAAUAUGUGCUAGUGCAACCUAGAGGUAACAAGUGCGCGCGCGGUGCGUUCGCAUGCGAGUCCCGCUGCGUGCUGGCUAACUACGUGUGCGACGGCUGGCGCGACUGUCUGCACGCGGAGGACGAAGCACCCUCGCUCUGCUCCGCGAGACCUUGUGCACGUAGCGACAAACUGAACUGUUCGUCUGGGCGGUGUAUAUCGGAGGGCGCGUGCUGCCGCGGCGGCGACCCGCUGUGCCGCCAGCCCGACUGCUGCAGCGAACACCCGCGGUACUCACGACUUGAGAGCUACGUGGAGAUGGAAUACCCGCCGCUGUUCGAAGACCAUCACGCCCCGGAUGAGAAUAGCUUCAUCCAAUCCACUAUAUAUACUGUUACAGCGUGUGCGCUGAUCUUCAUGAUAGCGGUGGUGCUGCUGGUGUCGGCUAUCUGCAAGAUGCACAUGAAGCGCGCGGCACUGCGCAGCUACGCGCACGCCGAGCGCGCCACUGCGCACCACUACAACGUGCAGUACGCACAGGCGGCACGUUUCCCUCCGUGUUACGAAGCGUCGAGGUUACUGGAGCAGUCGCGAGAGGCCGCCGCCAGCCCCGCGCAACACGCACAGGAGUCUGAAGCUGGUAGUCCGUGUGAGGAGUGCCCCGACAGCGCCGCGCAGUCUCCCUCCGCGCAGGGCUUCGGCCUCGCGCGCCUCUCGCAAAUAUUCUCCUCCAGAUACAGACAGGUACCGACGCAAUGUUGUGACGUCGAAAUGACUGACGUGCGCUCCUCCUCCCUCACCUCCUCCCCCACCGCCUCCCCCGGCCGCGCCCGCCCCCCCCUGCCCGACUACCGCAGCCCCACCUACUGCGACCUCGCUCACCUACAUCUAGACAACGCCACAGACCUCAAUUAUAUGGCAACACCGGUCGAAUUCUUCAGAAGACGAGCUCUUCGCAGGAACACCCUCGAGAGAGUCAUCCAACAUAUCAACCAAGCACAAAGACCACUAACACUCCAACUAGGUAGGUUCCAACUUAGCAUACCUAGGUUCGGACGCAGAUCUUCCAACGAACCGAGACCAGACACACCGAAUGUUGCAGAAAUCAAUAUAGAAGAUCUAGAUUUCGUGCGUGUACAUUCUAAUGAGACUUAUACACUAAACGGUCGUACUAUAAGACUUUUAGGUGGUAAUUUUGAGAAUUAUCCAGUUUUAGAUGAUUCUGUACGACCACCGCCUUAUACUGAAGCUAUGAGAUACAAGUUAUAUGGACCCCCACCUGAGUACUUAAGUAGGGAACGUUUAAAUAACGUUAGAGAAGUAAAUAACGUUAAUGUUGAUGAAGAAGCUAGAAAUAACGUUGAAAUGCCACCUUGUUAUGAAGAUUUAGCGUCAGGUGUUGAUGAUAACGCUAAUGCAGUUAACGUCACUGAAGUUAUAGCGGAUAACGAUAACGGUAAUACAAUCGAAACUUUAAGUUCAGUUAUUGAUAACUUACCAGCUAUCGACAGUGAUGUUAACGCUAAUGAAACGCUUGUCGAAGUUAAUGAUUAAGUAAAGCGAAGAAACUUAAGAUUUUUUUCUUAUGUUUUUAUAUCUGUUUGGACAGAUUCUGGUCUUUCAAGACUAGCAUACUUAAUAUAAAAGUAUGCGUUUUUUUAUUUACAAUUAGGUAAAAAUCCUUUCAAAUCCUUGCCAAUUAAGGAUCAAAUAAAGUCGUGAUUUUUUUUAAAUCUGUAACUGACUUAAUACGGGUCGAAUUCUGUUAAAUUUAGUGUUGUCAUGUUGAUGUUUUAAAAUUUAUGCCCCUGUCCAUUAGUUGUACUUGAAUAGGUUUUAUUAAUGUUGCCAUAAUUAAUAGUUCUGCACGUGAUUUGUUUUUGCACUCGAUUAAUAAGAUUCUCCUGGUGAUCAGUGUUUUUUUAGUAAUUUUAGUUUGUAAACGCAUUAUAUAUGUAUAUUUUAUUAAAUGGCCCAACAUCACAAUGUAUACAUUUUUUUUUCUUAUAUUGUAAACAAGACAAACUAUUCAAUUUAAUAAUUCGAUAUAUACAAACAUCAGUAAAAUAACAUCGGUGCUAAAAAUUAUAAUGUAUCAUGCUCGAAGGACCAUAUUAAAAACGUAAUUAACAUAUGAAAGUGAACAGGCUCUAUUCAAAGUGGUACUCAUUUUGUGUGUAUAUAUUUAUUUUUAAGAUCUUUAUAUGUUUGUCUGUUAAUAUUUGUUCUGAAGAAAUACUAAUAGAUGGUUAUUUAAAAUUCUUAUUUUAGUCCAUGUACCAUUUUGUACAAGGAAAGUGUAAAAUGUUUAGUUGUUUGGGGUCCUUAGAUAUGGAAAUAUCUCCAGUCUCCAUCCCCUUUAAGAGUAGCGGCAGCUUCGCUAUUAUGGCGAAUUGUUACGAUUUUGUUAAACUAUAGUUGCAUUGCAAGCUAUCGAAUUAUUUUUUUGUAUGGGGUACAAAAAAUUAUUCAAUAUAUUUUUUGUGAUUUUUUUUCUUUUCUUAAAGUUGGUUAGUAUUUCUUCACUAUAUGUGAUUUGUUAAGUGAAAUAAGAUAUAGUUUUGUAUAACGAGUAUAAUUUUGCUAGGAAUUGGCCAGUUGUUUUAGUAAUUUUUGGUACUUAACCACAAGGAUACGCUAUUGCUAUCCCAUACUAUAUUUUUUUAGAAAUUAACGUAUGAAAAAAAAUAUUUUUUGGACUUUAAAAAGGAUUUUGUAUCAAUAAAUCUGAAAUAUUAGUGGUCAUGUAUUUUUUUUGUCCAAAAAGUUCUUGCCAUUUUCUUUUUAAAAAAUUAUGCAUUUAGAAGGAGAAAAAAAUGCGACAUAGCAAAAAUUUUAUAUAAACACAAAUAUUUUUUGCACAAUUUUUCUCUUGUAAAGUAAGUUUUGUGUAGAUUUUAAAUAUUUGGACACUUAAAAUUAUAUUUUUUGCAAAUUUUUAGGUUAUUUUUUAUAAACAAUCUUAAUAUAGAGAUACAACGAUACAAAUCCGACCAAAUAAUGCUUUAUAAUGCGAAGUGACAUUUGACAGCUUACGGAACCAGUGUUGCUAGUUUUUUCUGAAAGCAAACUUUAUUAAGAACAAUAUUAAAAAUGUUUAAAGGGUGUAAUUUUUUUUAUUAUACACAGAUUUAGUAUCUGUGCCAUUUUUUAUAAAGUGAAAAGAAAAUUAAAAAAAAAAUAUCAGGUAAAAAAUCCUCUACGUUAUGAAAUUGUUACUAACGUUAAAUAAAUGCUCUUUUACUUUGACAGGAAAUAUUAAUAAUGAUUUAUGAAAAAUGGCACAACUGCUAAGUAUGGUUAAGUUAAAAUUAAGUAUAUUUAGACAAUUGUAAAUACGCUCUUACUGUAAGAACACGCUUACACACGAAACAAAUAUUAACUUGGCAAUGCGGCAAUGCUCUUUCUCUGUCGCACCUACGGCGUCAUGCGUUCGUCGCGUUCACUCACUGUACAACUUCCGACGCAAUUUGUUUGGGUUUUUUAAAUAAAUGCAACAUAAUUUAAAACAGUAAUCGUUUAUAGCCCAAUUAAAACAAAAAAAUAGAUUAUCUUACAUCUAAAAUUAAACGGUUCUUUGCCCUUCCUCUACAAACUAUGGUUAAAUCCCUUACUUUUGUAAAGAAACAAAUAUAAAAAUGCUAUUUUUGUGAUUUAAUGUUUAGGUUAUUUUAAAACCAAUUAAGAGAAACACCAAUUAGGGCAGGACCCAUAAUUUUUAUUACCUUCAAACCCAAAAAUCAAAUCACAAUGUGAUUUUACUGGAACAAUAAUUAUUAACAUAUCACAUAAUAUUAAUAUUUAGCUUUAUAAAUAAUUAUAAUACAUAAAUAUAUAAUCUAUAGAUCUAAUCGAAAUGUUUAGGUUUGUAAAAGAUUGUUAAAAUUUGCCUCAAAAAGAGCAUAAAACUGAGGCAUAAAAAGGCCUUUUAUGCCUCACUUUUAUACUCCAGUUUAUAGAUUAUACAUCUAUGAUCCAUGUUUUCAUUCAAAUAAUAUAAACAGUACUCCAAAAACGUAAUAAUAUGGCAAUACUGACAAUAAAUAGAGUAAUCUGACAUAUUUUUAAAACAUAUUUUGUAUGCUGCAUAUAUAUUUUAUUUAAAUGUUUGCAAGUUAUUAUGAAGUUUUUUGGGAACGCUUUUUGCCAGCGCCGGGUCCACUCGCGAAUAUCACGUACACGUAUUAAUGUAAGUUCUUUUAACAUACCCAAUAUUAUCUUAAAAGUAUAUUUCUAAUUGAAUAUUCAAAAUGUAAGGAUUUUUUCAGGUUACAAAAGAGUACAGUGCGAUUCAAACUUUAAGGCAGCUUGAGUUCCGAGUGUUAA